CUCUCACCGAGUUUUAUCAAGCUAGCAUGGGCUCAAGUCAGUUCUCUACUAAGCUAAUCCUUCAAGGAUCUGCUGCCAUAGUGGCCUUUAUCGCGUUUGCAUUUACUUUGAUUAUUCCUUCGCUUGAACGUCUGGGAUUUAUUUCAUUUCGCACAACUCUUUUUACUGUCAAUUUGACGGAUGAAUAUUUUUUGUUGUUUGGCUUGAUGCCAUUCAGUAUUAUAAUCGUUUUGCUGUUUCUUAGAAACGCAAGUACGGAUGAUGAUGCUGUUCGCGCUCUUGGGCCAUCCGAAUCUAGCAGUGAUAGUAAUGCAUCUCCUGUCUUGUCUUCGCUAUGGGCACCACGAUGGAACUAUUUUGCUCGAUUCAGUAAAUUAUUUGCGCCUUGGUCCACUGGUGAUGUUGUGGUCGGAACAGCUCUAGUGCUGACUCAUUUUGUAUGGUUUGCUCAACCCGUGAUUCUCCGUAUAUAUGUGUACAAUGCUGGAAAACCAUUUCCCAGUACCGUCAAUCUUAUUAGACAGCUGUGCAACAAUGCUGGUAUGGUCGGUAUGUGGGAUGCUGGGCUUACCAUCAUUUUUGCUGUACGCGAAAACUUCGCUACCAAGGCAAUCCUUGGUAAAGAGGCUGGCCAAUACCACCGUGGAAUCAAGUACCAUAUUGCACUAGGAUACGCUAGCUUUUUUUUUAUUACUGUUCACAGUAUAUUCUAUCUUUCCUACUUUUCCUCUCUAAACAGGCUCGCAGUCAACGUUCUCCCGCAUUUAUCUAACAAGGGCUAUAUGAGUUUUUUGGGUAUCAUUUCUUGGAUUGCUUUUACUCUUAUGGUGAUUUCUUCUGUUUUCAAGGCCCGUCGCUACAACUAUCGCAUUUUUUACUGGACUCAUCAACUAUUUAUCGUGUUCCUAUUAUUUGCCUUUGCACAUGUGUUUGAGACAUUAUAUCCUAUGGUGGGACCUCUUAUUUACUUUAUCUUUGAUAGAGUCAUGCCUCGAUUAAAGCUAGAACGCAAUACUUUUGCCAUCCUUACCCGUGUUACUCCCACCAUUGUGCGUCUCGAUGUUCCUAUUAAUGGUGCAUUUACAAAGUCUAGUAUUUAUGCUCCUGGCGACUGGGUCAAUAUUCUUGUUCCUUCUAUUUCUUCAUUGAAUUGGCACCCAUUUUCUAUUGCGUCAUACCAUCCUACUAGCUCCGAUACCAUUACUAUUUUUGUAAAAUCGCGUGGCGAUUGGACCAAUACAUUGGUUGAAACCUCGACUGCUGCUGGCUCUACUGUUGCAAUCAAGAUCGACGGUGUAUUUGGCUCGCGUAACAUAGAAUAUCUCCAAUACAAGCACUUGGUUCUCAUUGGUGCAGGUACAGGCAUGGCUGCGUUGGUUCCUUAUUUGGCACAUUAUAUUCGUGCUACUACUGGCCAUAUUACCCUGAUAUGGUCUGCCAAGAAUGUAUCCGACAUGUGUAUCUAUAGCGAAUUAUUCGAGUUGAUUUCCAACAAAUCAUUCAAAGGACGUCUUACGUUGCAUAUACACACCACUGCACCGCAGCAGGAAUAUGAAACUAUCAAGUCCAGUAUAGAUGACGAAACAACCGUUUCAAACUCAGAGUCUACCAAUGAGAGCUCUGUUCACUCUGACAACACUACUAUAAAGCAUGGAGUUAUUAUAGUUUCUGCUACGGGUUCAGUAGAUGCUUCUGCUGCAGAUCGUUCCAAUUCUGGCCAUCUUCCAUUCGGCUACAUGACUAUUGCACUUGCUUUGCUAGUUUUUGGUGCAUCCAUUGGCGGCUAUGCAUUAGGUAGACUCGUGCUUCCAGACUAUAGUAAAGCCACAUGUUCGUCAAGAACUAGUUAUCUUCUUACUGGCUCGAAUCACUUUAUGUGCUGGUACUAUUACUAUUGGGCACCCAUGUUUUUUGCAUGCUUAUUUGCAAUGGUUGCUGGAUUGACGUUUACCACAUGUGUCACAUCACUACGAAUCUUUGUUUUUGGUAAAUCAAAUCAGGCAUCUAAAUCUAACAAGCCGAACCAUGUACAUGCCAAUUGCCACCCUAUUCGUCCAAUUGACUUUGUCCGCUCAUGUACACCAAAGACUGGCCGACCUCAGAUUGAAACUCUCCUUGGCGAGGCAUUCGCUUCUUCCAAGGAUGGUGCUUAUGGUGGUUCAAAGAUUGCUGUUAUGGCUGCAGGACCUGAACGUAUGUUACGUACAGCUGAACACUUCACUAUGGAGAGUGGACAUACAUUCUAUCGUGAGUCUUGGAAAGUAUGAUUAGUUUAAAUAAAAUUUUAAUUCCUCAUUGC